GAAAACGCUAUAAAUGAUAAGAACUUCCAAUACCCAACGGAAAUCAUGGUUGAAGGAAAAUGAGGAAGAACUGGAAGCAGUCGUGCGUUUGGACUUUACUUGGGCUACAAACGGUUUUGGUUGUGUACCUUGGAAUUCGAAUCCAAGAUUUGAGUGAAAACUUCAAGAAAAUCCGCAAUGAUGACCGGAUCGAAACGCUCAGGACCUUAAAAGAGCUCCAAGAUUCUCUGUCGACAGAUGCUCAAUGCCGAGAAAAUGGAGAGGUGGUCAAGAUACUGGAAGAGAAAGUUGGUCCCCAAAAUGGUCUACAAUGUGGAAAUAACGUCCCAGAAGACCAAAAGCUAGUUUGUGAUGAGCAUUAUGACUCAGGUCAAUUCCGCAAUUCAGAACUCUGGGGUCAAGGAAGUUGGAGGCUUCAAACGGACAAUUGCCACAUACCAAAUCCGGAUUGGAGCGAACUAAUCACCGUUGUCCUCAUGACGGACCAUUAUGGAGAUCAAAUGGAACUUGAGACUAAGUUUAUGGACGAGUAUCCGAAUAUUCGGGUCAUCCUAGCCACCACCAAAGAUUUCCAGACGCAGAAUCAAUAUCUGGAAGUCUUACAAGUGAAAGAAUUCGUUCCAGUGCUUUGGAAGACCAUGAUCAAUAGAGCUCAGACUCCGUUUGUGCUUGUGGGUUGGGACCUAUUUUCCAUUACCCCUUGGUCUGAAUUGGAACGAUCCGUCCGCUUACUUCAAGAACCCUGGAUUGGUGUGGUAGGUGGGAGUGUCCGAAAUCUGACCGGAUAUUGGACAACACCGUGUUACCAAGCUGAGAUACACAACUACCAACUCAGAGUCCGUCCUGGUUAUGGAUCGUCUUCAUGCGAUUGCAUGAAAUGCGACAUUCUGAAUGGAGUCCCUUUUAUGGCCAAGAAAGAAGUGUUCCAUGCCGUUCCGCUUGUACCUGACCUUCCAGAUACUCCAGCUAUGUUUAUCCAAUGGUUUCUUGACCUCUUCAAGACCCAAUGGAAUAUUCUCUUGUGUCCCGAUAUCAUGUACUUCACUUAUAUGUCCCCAAAUUGGUUUCUGGUAAUGUCAAAAGAGAGCUGGCAACAAAUUGCGAUAAUCCAACAAAUCCAAGGUAUUCAUUUGAAUCAAAGCUUGAUCCCAGAUUACUCCUUCACCUCUGAAGAGGUUAAUUUGAUCUGUGAUGUGGGCAAACUUCAAAAGGAGGCCAAACUAUUGCCAUGGGGAUGCCAAGAGGCUUACGCUCAUAUUCUCCGGACUCUCCUCAAAAUUGAAGAAAGAUUGGAAACGCAGUUCGAGCUGACGUCCGGAAGUCUUCUUGGAGCACUAAAACUUGGCCACUUCUUGCCUUGGGAUAUAGAUGGCGAUAUCUAUUUCUCCACCGAGGACUUCUACCAUUUUUCAACCACCGAGGGCAAAGGUCAAAUGUUUCUGAAGCACGCUGACAUAUCCAUUUAUGGGAUCCAAGACGACAACUACUCUGACAAAGGCGCCGGUUACUUCAAGCUAGGUUACAAAGGCAUCGAGGUUGAAAUGAGUGGAGUUCGUGGAUCUAUAUCCCUGCCUUCAGUCGCUCAGGUGACCUCGGUGGCCACCAAGAUAUUCGUAGCUGGGGUCUGGUUCCGAUGCCAUGCCAAUCCUGGUAGAUACGCCCGAUCCAGGUAUGGGCCCCAAUAUCUUCGUCAUGCUCAAUCUUGGCGUUACAACGGGAUGAGUAACGCUUACGAUAAGUACAACACAGCCUUCUGGAACCUCUGCGAAACCCCUGGCCACCAUGCCUGUCUAGAACACUACCCCAACGAUGGAAACCUAAUGUUUCAUCCUUCAGUUUUUCAAGCUUGGAACGAGGUUGAGUGAUCCCAAGUAUGUUCAGCUUUUUGAGUCAAGGAUAUCUUUGCUGCUGUCGCCAAUAAUCAAGGGAAACAACGUAAGGGCCAAUCAAACUUUGACAUAUGCCAGCAGACGUUUUCUGGAAGAAACCGAACCACACUUUUAGUUCGCAAGCAAGCUUGUGAGUCAAUAAACAGAUGGAUUUUUGAUCAAAAAAUCAAGGUCAUUUAUUGGCUGAUAUCUGAAUUUUGCCAGGUACUUGUGCUGACUGGAUUUCAUGAUGAGUGAUGUGGAGGCUGUGGAGGAUAACUUUUGGCACCAAUUCUUCACUUACACGAUAACUGCGUCUUCCAUACUCCAGUUAUUAAGUGGAACACCGGUUUGCCUGAAGUUCAUUCGGAAAGGGAACACGGGCGAUGUAUCAAGCUUACCAUUUGUGGUGGGAGCCUUUAAUUGUGUACUAUGGUUUCGAUAUGGAGUGAUUGUGCAGGAGGUCACUGUUCAGAUGUCCAACAUAUUUGGAGCCUUUAUCUUAGGGAGUUACGUCGUCUGCUUCUACAUGUAUACUCUGAAGAAGACCCACGUUUUGAGGCAAAUCGUUUUUGGUGGAGUUUUCCUUGUCACAUUGUUUUAUUUAAUGUCCAUAUUGCGAGAGAGAAGAGGCCUUGAAGAUGAAAGAAGAACCCUGGGUUUUAUUGGAUCCAUUAUAAGUGUGAUAUUUUGUGCCUCCCCAUUGGCAUCGAUUGGAUCUGUGGUCAGGAAUCAGAGCACCGAGUCCCUCCCUUUCCACCUGAUUUUGAUGACCUUCGUGGUCAAUUCACAAUGGUGGGUUCUGGGUACUAUAAUCCAGGAUUCCUUUAUCAAAGUGCCCAACGCCAUGGGAUGCUUGAUUGCUUUAAUUCAAUUGCUUCUUUUUGUCAUUUAUCCGGCCAAGUCAAACAAAGUUGCGAAAUCUU